AUGACUAGACCGAAUCUUAAGCUUGGGGAAUUUACUAUCCCAUGGAUACCGGCCGUAUCGCCUGAGGACCAGACAAACAUGCAUCCUUACAAGCAGCAGACUAGGAGCACUAUGACGUUACCUGUAGGGUGGAAAUUCGCGGAAGGCAGGCGGCCCCUGCAUCAAGAACUGAUAUUUGACGAAGUUGUCGAAAUUCCGCUCAGAGACGGAGUCAAGAUCUACUGUGACAUAUUCAGGCCUGUCACGGACGAAAAGCUCCCGGCCAUAUUGGCGUUAAGCCCGUACGGCAAGAAUGGACACGGGUUCCGCAUCUUCGACAACAUUCCUUUCCGGCUUGGUCUACCAGAGAGUGCCACAUCUGGCUUGGAGAAAUUCGAAGGGCCCGAUCCUGUCGAGUGGUGCCCCCGAGGGUAUGUAAUCGUCAAUGUAGACAUCCGAGGCACCUGGGACAGUGAAGGAAAUAUCUAUAUCGAGGGAAGCCAGAUGGGCGUGGAUGGCUAUGAUACAGUUGAAUUCAUUGCAGCCCAGCCAUGGUGCAAUGGUGCUGUCAGCAUGUGUGGCAAUUCCUGGCUUGCGACGGAGCAGUGGGCAACUGCUAUCCAAAAGCCACCUUCACUCAAGUGCAUCGCACCCUGGGAGGGAUUUACGGACAAAUAUCGUGACUUGGUGUGUCGCGGCGGUGUUCCUAAGACCAGCUUUGCGUCUUUCAUCUUCAACAAAACCAUUCGCGGCCGGAAUCUUCGAGAGGACGUUGGCGGAGCGCUCGCAGAAUGGCCCCUUUUUAAUGCAUACUGGCAAGACAAGGUCUAUGAUACCAGCGGGCUUACACUACCUAUCUAUGCACUUGCAAGCUAUUCUUCGGGGAAUCAUGGAUCUGGCACCGUGAGAGGUUGGAAUAGGGCAGCCUCAAAAGAGAAAUGGAUUCGCUUCCAUCCAACUCAGGAGUGGUUCGAUCUUUAUACACCAAGGUACAUUGAUGACCUACAACGGUUCUUCGAUCGCUACCUUAAGGAGAUAGACAAUGGCUGGGAGAAAACUCCCAAGGCUAGAAUCUCUAUUCUCACAUAUGGGAAUCGCUUCGAGCCGGGCCCCAAGUGGGACGUGCCAUUUGCCGACUAUCCUGUUCCGCAGACUGAGUAUCGCAACCUCUACCUACAGGACUCAGGCAAAUUGGCAACCUUACAGCAAGCCAACGAGGGCUCCGUUGCCCAUCGUGCGGACAGCUACCAAGCAAAACCCUCUGAGUUUGUCUUGACCGUGGACAGGGCAACCACUCUUGUUGGCCAUUCUAAGGCUGUGCUUUGGAUGUCCUGCAAAGACAACAACGACCUGGAUGUGUACGUGUCCAUCCGAAAGCUUAGCAAGAGCGGAGAGGUAUUAGAACACGUGAAUGUUCCCUGGGAGUCUUUGCCUGAAGGGAUCAAUACCCAGCAUGAUGUUCCAAUGGCACAGACAGUCAAAUACACUGGCCCAACCGGUAUCCUCCGAGCCUCGCAUCGCGCACAGGACCCAACACGGAGCACCUCCCUCAUCCCAUUCCACCCACACGAUAAAGAAGAAAAGAUACCGCCAGGGGAUAUUGUCAAGCUCGAAAUAUCUCUUUGGCCUAUGGGUAUCCACUUUGAAGCAGGAGAGGGCUUGCUCUUCCGUGUUCAAGGUUUCGUCGACACAAGCUCGGAUUUUCCCAGCCACAUUGACAAGAAGCUCGACAAUCUGAACAAGGGUCAGCAUGUAAUUCACUAUGGCGGAAAGUAUGACUCGAGUAUCAUCGUCCCUGUUAUUUCCUUGCCAGCGCAGUAG